GGACGCCGGCGUCUGCGGGAUGCAGCACCGAGGCUUCCUCCUCCUCGCCGUCCUCGCCCUGCUGGCGCUCACCUCCGCGGGGACCAAGAAAAAAGACAAGGUGAGGAAGGGCGGCCCGGGGAGCGAGUGCGCGGAGUGGACUUGGGGGCCCUGCACCCCCAGCAGCAAGGACUGCGGCGUGGGUUUCCGCGAGGGCACCUGCGGGGCCCAGACUCAGCGCAUCCGGUGCAGGGUGCCCUGCAACUGGAAGAAGGAGUUUGGAGCCGACUGCAAGUACAAGUUCGAAAGCUGGGGGGCGUGUGAUGGGAGCACAGGCACCAAAGCCCGCCAAGGCACCCUGAAGAAGGCGCGCUACAAUGCCCAGUGCCAGGAGACCAUUCGCGUGACCAAGCCGUGCAGCCCCAAGACCAAAGCCAAGGCCAAAGCCAAGAAAGGGAAGGGGAAGGACUAGAAGCGGGACCUGGAUGCUAACCUGGCCCGCGCCUCCCCCACCCCCUACAGGCCCAGGAUGUAACCUACCAGUGCCUUUUGUCACUUGCUAGCUUUAUCAAUCAUGCCCUGCCUCUCCCCUCUCACUCCCCACCCCACCCCCAAGUGCCCAAAGUGGGAAGGGACAAGGGAUUCUGGGAAGCUUGAGCCUCCCCCAGAGGGAUUUGAGUCCCACCCAGUACCCCCGAAACAAAGAAAAUAAACCGACUUUUUUCCCAAUAAAA